AGGUGUCCGUUUUGCACUUUCCCCGCGUUGUUGGACAAAAACAUGUCUCUGUUCAGCUGCCCCAACCCUCGCUGCCGCAAGGAGAGCUGCAGGAAGUGUCACGUCCAGUGGAAGCAGCACAUGGGGAAGACGUGUGAGCAGGUCCUGGAGAGAGACGAGAUCGGCAUGAGGGUGCUCUUUGAGGAGCGCAUGACGGCGGCCCGGGUGAGGAAGUGUGUGAAGUGCGCCACAGGCCUGGUGAAGUCCGAGGGCUGUAACCGGAUGUCGUGUCGCUGCGGCAGCUUCAUGUGUUACCUCUGCAGGGAGCCCAUCACCGGAUACAACCACUUCUGCCAACACGCGCGCUCGCCCGGCGCUCCCUGCAGACACUGCCGCAAGUGCUCGCUCUGGACCGACCCCACGCAAGACGACGAGCGAAUCAUUCAGGUGAUCCAGAAGGAAGGAGAGGCCGAGCUGAACAAGAAGAGCUCCGAUAAUUCGGGGAAGCGGGUCGGCCCCCCCCCGGAGCCGAUCACAGAGGUGAAGCGACCCAGAGUGGGCCCGGCGGCAGAGGACCCCGCCCCGGCCCCCCCCCCUCACCCGCUGGCAGUCCAGGCUCCCCUCUUCGUCCCCCCCCACGCUCAAUUCCCCCCUGCUCCUCCACCGCAGGGCAUGAUGUUCCAGCAGGUGAUUCUACCCAGACUACCCCCGGCCCCCUACGUGCCCCUUCUACCACACCUGCCCCCCAUGAACAAUAACAACAACAACAACCAUCACCACCACCACCACCAUCCAAACCUUCCCGUACACCCGCCUCUCCCCCAAAACAUGGACAUGAUGGACCUGCCGAUGCACUACGGCCCCCCCCACCGCUACUACAGACGCUUCUAACACACAGUCCUGCUUCUCAUUUCAGUGCCGUUUUCCACAAUAUUUUGUAUCGAUUCCAGCGCGCAUCAACGUUUAUUCCCAGUUUAUACAGAUAUUUUUGAGGACAUAAUUUAAAAAGAAAAGAAGAACUGUUAGCAUUCCCUUCUCAAUCUUUUGUGUAACAGGUGUGAGACCACACCGUUUUCGAAUAAAGAGUCCUGUUAACGUUGG